AUGCCUACGAGCCGUAGCGCGACGCUUCCAAAGACCACCCAUCUGACAGAGGCGAUUAAACGACGAAAUGCACUCGUUGCUGAUGCCGAUGGACAUUCUUGGGACGACUCCAACGAAGCUGGCGGCUUGAGCCCCUCUCAGAGCUCGAGCUUCAGCAUCAGUCCCGAAGACGACAUCUCUGGGUUAAUUGCGCAAUACAGCACGCAGCCUACCGAACCCAAAGCAGGCGGUAGUGCUGCCUCAUCCUUCGAUCAGGUACCCUUGACUCAAACUUCAACGGGGUCGAGUACCGUGACAGACGGGACCGUAAAACCGGCGUCCAAAUCGUUCACUCUGGGAAAACGAAAGCAAGAGGAUCAUAAUUCAACACCAGUUCCGCCCUCCAGACCGUUCAAGCAAGCCCGUUCAGAAUCGAAUUUGCUCUUCAAGGCGGAAUCAAAUCUGGUUCCGCCGGUUGAUGCCAAAUCUGGGGCGGAUGUUACCCAAUCCAAAGCGGCAGAAGCUGCUACAGAACCGGUUAUUCUGUCAUGGAGAAAAACAAUGGGUUUUUUCAACAGAAUACCAUUUGGUGCGAGAUGGGAAAUUGGACGCUGGGUGAUAGCUAGCGGUCGAGUAUCGUUUACCAGCCUCACACCGGAGCACUUCAACAAGCUAGAGUCUUUCCCAACCAAUGUGGCGGCUGUGCCUCAAGCUGCCAAGUUGAUGAAGUCCAUGAUCAAAGGCCUUGAGGAUGAGCUGGGGGAGGACGAAUCGGAUCCGUUUUCUGCACGGUAUGCAAAAGAAGACGCGGCCUUGAGCCCUUGGGAAGAACUCGACAAAGAAGAAGAUCGGCUUCGAAGUGGAAAUCCACUCGCGAAUCUGGGAUUCGAUGAGAACGGGCAGUGGACAGGCGAAUACGGUGGGAAGGUAGAAUUUAGGGGAAGCCUUCAUCACGACCCAUUCACUGGUUUCAGGGUGCGGCUGGAACGUCCUACACUCGGCCCAUCUACCCAGCUUGCGCGUAGAUUUGGGAGCAAGAAUCUGUUUCGACUAAAAAUCAUGAAGGGAAGUCAGGGUCACAAAGACCUCCUGCAGUUUCUAGCAAGGCCGUUUGUCAUUUGCGGGGGCGUCUACCGCGCAUUCUAUGCGAAAGAACAGAACGUUUUCUUCGUCAAGACUAAUGAAGACAUGGACAAGCUGAUGUUCAUACCGGACCCAUUGAUAAAGGACGUGCCGUCCUUUUUCGAUUUCCUCGACUUUCACAACCCUAUGGACGCAACCACCAAUCAGAAAAUGGCCAAAUGGGCAUCUCGCUUUGCUCUCGGUCUUUCAAACUCGGUUCCAGGACUUCUUUUGAAACCUGAGAACAUCCGUUUCAAAGACGAUAUCGAGCACCCUGAGACUGGGUCCGUUAUGACUGACGGUGCUGGCAGUAUGAGCCGCAUGGUAGCAACGCAAUUGCAUCGGAACCUAGGUUGGGAUUAUCGCCCUACCGCAAUCCAAGUUCGAGUGUUUGGUAGUAAGGGCCUGCUGGUGGACGAUACGGAUGGCGACCACGAGCAAGAACCCAUCGUCUGGUUGACCCCGUCGCAGCGGAAAAUCUUCUACAGGCUUGAAAAUUGCGACCCAGUCCACCGAGUGAUCGAUGUUCUUCGCGCCUCCCAAACGAAGACGCAAUGUCGACUGUCAGUGGAGACGAUCAUCAACCUGGCAGAAAACAAGGUUCCUAAAGAAGUCUUCAUCGGCCUGCUGAGCGAGUGCAUCUCUGCUAUCGUAACACCAUUGCUUCAGUGGGACAGCGAUGAUUCGGCCCACACCCUCUGGUAUUUGGUGCAAAAGCUUGGCGGUGUCUUGUCGGCAAAGAGGGCAAGGGAGAGUGCGGGGACUGCUCGCGUUCAAGGAUACUCUGAACGCGAUCUCGAUGAAAACGAAUGGGAUGACGAGGAUGGCUUCACGCAACUCGACCUAGCGGAACAGAAGGCGCCUGCGUGGUGGGCUGACCCCAUCAGUGGUUGCCCAUCUUCCCUCGAAGAGACGGUUCUGGAGUUCCUCGACUCCGGUUUCAUGCCACAGUCCUGCCAUGUACAAAGGGAGAAGUUGAAGCACAUCAUCCGUCGGUUUAUCAAGAACAUCUCGAAAACGUAUCGGAUGACGGCUCUCAUGUCUUGUUCUGCAUGGAUUAUCCCAGACACUCGCGGGGUUCUGGAAGAAGGAGAGAUCUACUUCAAGUCUUCGUCACGGAAUUUGUUACGACCGAAUGGAACCCUCACAGACGAGCUGAUUGGAGAUGUGCUGGUCACUCGCAAUCCUAGUAAACUUCCUACGGAUGUCCAGAAAUGGAGGGCGGUCCAUAGACCAGAAUUGCGUGACCUUGUUGAUGUUGUCGUUCUGUCGACCAAAGGAGCUCGCCGCGCCGCUGACUGGCUCGCUGGUGGCGACUAUGAUGGUGACAAGGUCACCGUAAUAUGGGAUCCAAAGAUUGUGGACCCGUUCAAAACGGCCGAUCCCAGCCACGGAGAUCCUCCGGAUGAUGCUUUCAAGGAAGCCAACUUCGAGGCAGACACUACAAAUAUCUCAGUCGCCGACUUUCUGGCCCAGAACGCAAAAGCACCGCCCGUAGAACGCGUCAGGAAGAUCCAAAAAUAUCUUCUUGAUGCUGUAACGGAUACGUCCGCCGUUGGCAAGUACUCCAACUUUCACGACAAUGCUGUCUACAAAUACGGCUUUGCACAUCCCAAGGCUAUCCGUCUCGCUCACAUGUUUUGUUUGACGCUCGACGGGUCGAAAACGGGCAUGAAGGUCAAGAAGGACGUACUGGACAGAGACAGCAGAGAAUUCAACCAUCGAGCCCCAGCGUGGAAGGAGACAGAGGAAGAAAAGGACAAAAUGAUGCACAACUCCAACUCCAAUCAACUCAAUCUCAAGCGCCCAAAAAACCUCCCUACUUUCAUUAUGGACCACCUCUACCAGGCCUCGGCGAGCAAUCGGGAUGAGUGGCUCGUCAAAGUAGACGCACACUAUGCCAAAUUUGGUCACAAGCUCGCGUUCGAUGAAACCUUGCUCCAGCCCUUUUAUGAUGUGUUGAAGAAGUGCGAUGAGAAGAAGCCAGCGACGUACGACUUUGCAGGGGCACUUGCCGUUUGGAAGACGAUCGUAAAGCCAGGGGAACCAUAUGAGGAGGAGAAGGAGGGAUAUCGAAGGGACAUCAAACUGGUCUAUCAUCACAUUCAGGAGAUAUGGGAGGACCAUCGCUUGGCUCUGUGCCAAGGUUCCGGUGACUCCGGCUCUUCUCCACACAAGAGAGGUUCUCCGCAGAAGAUAUCUCCUCGAAAAGGAGCUGGUUUUACAGAACUUCCUAUCGAAAGACGACAGGACAUCAUCCGGGCAUUAUCCAAGCGCUUCGCGGCCAAGCCUGACCCCGCAAAGAUGCAUACGGUGGAAUCCCACCUUUCUGCGUUCAAGGCGUCCUACGCCUAUUUCUUCUACUGCUUCAAGAGCCACGAGAAGGGGAGAAGCUACGGAGCGCAAUUUCCUUUCGACGUCGCGUUCCGAGCACUAUGUGCGAUCAAGGUUGGCGCUAGUAAUGGGAACGGCAAGGCGAUCCAGGACCAGUUCUAUGACAGGUUCUACAUGAAAGCACCCAAAAUUCUGAACCCUCAGCUUGAGAUAGCUCGUGCGUAUUUGUGA